CCAUAUAUAAAACUCAUUCAUACGUAUUCAUUAAGUAUUCAUGCAUAACCAUGAUAUUUCCCGUAAAUCAUUAACAUAUUCUCCUCCUAUAUCCGAUUCUGCGCAGUAGUGCUUAGAAAAGUCUAGAAAUGGGUCUGGGGUACGAUUUGGGUAGGUGGUACAUGAGUCAGUGGUCGCGAUCUCCCCCUGCCGGAAUUACCUUUUACUAAAGUUCACGGUUUCUUGGCAGGUAACUACAAGCUGUUCCAGUCAACUGUCCCCAGUUUCCAUUAAUCUCAUAUUCUGACAUUUCAAUACACUUCUACAUACAGAAGACUGGUCAAAUACAAAGAAACCUUUCAAACCCUAAAUUUAUUACUUAAGUUUUACCAAUGGUUCUAGCCCCUUCUUCUAGUCUUGGUACAGGAUGUACAGAAGAUAGUUGCACAGUAAAAGCUGCUAUGAGAUAAGUUUCAUUAAAAAUAUUUCUUAUCCUUCUAUUUUUCAAUUUUAUAAAAUGAUUUUAUAAAAUCAAUUAAUAAAGUCAAUCUUAACUUAUUAACAAAUUGAUAACAAUGAUACACUGAUGGUGCAACUGGCUGCAGCAGCAGCAAGCUGACAACCACUAGCCUUGACAGAAUAAGAGCUUUGGCAUUUCUAUGGAUGCUGAUAAAUGCUAAUGAAGGGCUUGAAGAGCACUUUAGAGCCCACUGGGGGGUUAAUCGUGACCAGGCCAGGUCAGGGUGCUUCCACUAGUACCAAAUGAGCUGUCAGGAAAACCCAGAAGCCUUGAUACAAUAUUGUUUGCAUUCAAGGUCUUCAGCUCUGCCAUCCUGAGCAGCUGCUAGCUCUCUGGAGGAGACUGAUGCUUCUUGCUUUAUCACUGAUGGGGAUAUUUGGUAUUGCUCUCCAUAAACUUGCUGCUGCAAACUUAGUGUUUGGGUUUGGAGACAAUAGCACAGAUGAUGCAACGUGAAUGUGUUCAACUGGGCUGGCCACCGAGGAGCUGGUUGUGUGGUGAGCUAUGUGGUUCUUUGGGCACUAUUGGUAUCAGCUAAUUAAAACAGACUACCAGAGUUAAACAGUGAAGGAAUUCAGGGCUAACAUGCUAGACUGGGGUGAGCUGAUAUAUUCAAAAAACAUUAAGUACACAGUCCAAGCAACAGUAAUAGAAAAGCACUGUGAUAAUAUAUGCACUAACAUUGGAAAAAUGAAGGUCAGAAGAAAGAAGCGAACAAAACCAAAACCCAGGUAUUGAACACUAAAACCAGCAAUAAAAGCAAGCAGUGGAUCUUGUAGGAUUCCAGUGAAUUGCCCCCAGAUGAAGACAAAUUAUUUGACACCAAGACCUUUGAGAAGUAACAUACACUUUGAACUAUGUAAAGGAAAUAAACAAUAACCAUGUAUAUGGUAGGAUGUUGAUGGGAAAACAUGAAGAACUGGGGGGCCAAACAGAAAGUCUCCUCUACAUAACUCCUUUCCUAGCAGGGGCAAGAAAGCUCACCACAACAUGAUGAAGGCAGCAUUUACACCCAUGAGAAAGACAGCAGGCAGAAAAAAGUUUGUAGCUAGUGCAUGCCACACAAACUUUAGUUCAAAUUGUUUAUUAACAGGUAGAAAUCUUGAGAGAAACUUGUAUUCAGGGUUCCAAAGACCCAUCAUUAAUGGGAUAGGAUCCAUGUGAUCAGACAACACAGGACCAGGUGCCACAAGAGCUAUAAGGGGAAAUGAUCAGGACAGGAUAAAAAAAAAAGCACAGGAACAGGAUUAAGGCUGUUCUACAGAAAACCAACAUGAGCAGCACAAGCACAUUUUUCAAGAGGGAUAAAAAUACACGUUAUCUACAACUAAAACACACGCUUUCCUAAUUCUAACCCCAUCACAGCACUCUCCAAACUAUCAUGCUGCAAGAAGGUCUUUUACCAUCUCAUACCAGCACAUUCUUCAUAUAGUCCCUCUGCUGCCUUCUCCUCACCUCAUCCAGGACACAUUUUCUCUCCCUUCUCUCUGCUUCUUCCUCCCUCUUCUCCUUGGCUUCGCUGCCUCUUCAUUGGCUCUCAACCACUUAACUUAACCAGCCACACCUGCCCAUUAUCUAAAUCAGCCUACCCACUGCCCCUGAAGCCAACCCACAGUUUUAUAUUAUCAAUGCUAAUUAGCCCAGCUUCAUUCCACUACAUAACCUUACUUUUCUUGCUUAUUUAUAAGAACCAGCUGGAGGAGGACUACCAGAAACAGCGUAACUUUCCCAUAGCAUCUGUGCAAUACACCUACUGCAGAAAAGUUCAAGAACAAGAUGGCAUAAAUUCUUCCUUCUCACAACAUGGAAACCCUGAAAAGAAAACAAAGCAUCUCAGAAGAUGUACAAGCUUCUUUAUCAAACCUGGAGAAGUGCUGAAACAUCUUUGAGGGGGGUCAGAAGUAAUCAUCAUAAGUUUGAGUCAGGGAAAUGUGUAGAUUUAUGAAAAUGUAAUCAACAGAUUUAAAGAGGCUGAAUUUGCAAGUAUUAUAACCUGUAAAAAUUGGUAUAAAACACUCAAAACACAGCAGUUUGGAAACGCUACCAGAUUAUAACCGUGUUAUUGUUCUGUCCGCGAGGCCGAGGUGCUUUUCUCGGAUGAGGGCAGACCGCGGAGUGGAGAGUGAGCACAGCCGGGAUUUGGCGCCCACCCUACGGCCGGUCGCACGUCAGAGGGCGGGCCGGGAAGGGGCGGGCCGGGUCUAUCGGUGGGGGUGGCUGCUCUGCGUUCGGCUCUUCCGUCUUGCUUUUCGGCUCGGGAUUAGCGAAACUGGUAAUGUGGGACGGUCGCCGGCCCGGCCCCCGCGCCCUGCCUCGCCUGGCGGGUUGAAGCCGGGACUCGGAACCGGCCGCGCUAGUAGCACAACGGAGCCGGGUGAGCCAGCUGGCGCAGCGUCCCCGCCGGCGGGACGCGGAGGCAAAGGGCAAGCCGCAGCGCUCUUCUGCCGCAACCCCGCCGGCGCAGUGCGGUGAGGGGUGGCGGCACCGCGGCGGCGGGGCGCUCCCGGGGGGCGGUUGGGCGGUGGGGCUAUGGCGCUGCGGGCCCGGGCGCUGUAUGACUUCAGGUCGGAGAACCCGGGGGAGAUCUCGCUGCGGGAGCACGAGGUGCUGAGCCUCUGCAGCGAGCAGGACAUCGAAGGUUGGCUGGAGGGUGUCAACAGCCGCGGCGACCGCGGCCUCUUCCCGGCUUCCUACGUGCAGGUAAUCCGCGCCCACGCCGCCGAGCCGCCGCCGCCUGCCCGCUACGUCAACCUCCCUGCAGACAGCUUCGAUCCGCUGCUGCCCCACGCGGUCUUCAAGCCGGCGACACCGCAGCCCCCGCCGGAGGCAGUGCCCGGGCCCUUCUCACUGCCCCCCGACGACGACGGGUACCCCUUUCCGCCCACGCCCUACGGCGGGUCCUACCACCCCAGCCAGGGCAGCGAUGACGACUGGGACGAUGACUGGGAUGAAAGCUCCACGAUGGCUGAUGAGCUGGGUACCUUGCGGAGCUCCCACCCAGACUACAAGGAGACGGGCAGUCAGACCUCUGGCCACUACUGCCUGUCCACGCAGUCUGAGCUGUCCCUGAGCUCCCGCGGUGGCUACCUAGCAGGCCACCCACACCCGCCUGGCAGCAGCGCCAAGAGCUCAGCCACGGUCAGCCGCAACCUCAACCGCUUCUCCAGUUUUGUCAAGUCCGGUGGGGAGGCUUUCGUGCUGGGUGAGGCAUCAGGCUUCGUGAAGGAUGGGGACAAGCUGUGUGUGGUGUUUGGCCCCCAGGGCCCUGAGUGGCAGGAGAACCCCUACCCCUUCCACUGCUCCAUUGAGGACCCCACCAAGCAGACCAAGUUCAAGGGUAUGAAGAGCUACAUUGCCUACAAGCUAGUGCCCAGCCACACUGGGCAACAGGUACACCGCCGCUACAAGCACUUUGACUGGCUCUACGGGCGCUUGGCUGAGAAGUUCCCUGUCAUCUCUGUGCCCCACUUGCCGGAGAAGCAGGCCGCUGGUCGCUUUGAGGAGGACUUCAUUUCCAAACGUCGCAAAGGCCUGGCCUGGUGGAUGGACCACAUGUGCAGCCACCCUGUGCUGGCUCAGUGUGAUGCCUUCCAGCACUUCCUCACCUGUCCCAGCACGGAUGAGAAGGCCUGGAAACAAGGCAAGCGCAGGGCUGAGAAAGAUGAGAUGGUGGGUGCCAACUUUUUCUUGACCAUCAGUGUCCCCACGGGCCCUGGGGCCAGCCUGGACUUGCAGGAGGUGGAAAGUCAGGUGGAUGGCUUCAAAGCCUUCACGAAGAAGAUGGACGAGAGCACCCUGCAGCUUAAUCACACGGCCAACGAGUUUGCCCGCAAGCAAGUCACUGGUUUCAAGAAGGAAUACCUGAAGAUGGGGCACUCUUUUAAGUGCCUCAGUCAGGCAUUUGAGCUGGACCAACAGGCCUUUUCAGAUGGCCUCAACCAAGCCAUAGCCUUCACUGCAGAAGCCUAUGAUGCCAUCGGGGGCCUCUUUGCAGAUCAGCCCCGGCAGGACUUAGAUGCUGUGAUGGAUUUGUUAGCGCUGUAUCAGGGGCAUUUGGCCAACUUUCCAGACAUCAUCCACAUCCAGAAAGGGGUUUCUCUUCUGCUCCCGGGUGAACAGCUGAGAAGAGGAGGCUCCUCCAAGGAAAUCUCCCGGGGUGCGCCUAGGAGCAUCCGCUCCGCAGCUGGUCCCUCAGCCGAGCAGAAAUCCUCCUGCCUGGCUCGCCAAAACUGACGUGCGGAAUUAGACUCUAUAACUCGGAAGUUAUAAAGUAGGUAUGUUUAUUGCACGCAGAUGCACGGGGGAUCGCUCCUCCACAAGCGUGCAUACCCGAAGUGAGGAACCAUCUCACAUUUAUACAAUGAAACAAAUGAAUAUUCAAUUAAUGCCUAUACAUAUUCGUUACCUAAACCCCGCUUCGUAUGGUAAUUAGCUUAUCAGUCCGUUUUCUGGAAUGUGGUGGUCUUGCAGGUUUGUAGGUGAUUCAUGUUCUUGUGACCAUCCGAUCUUCUUCAGGUGAUUCAUGUCCUUGUGACCAUCCAAUCUUCUCCAGCAAGAAGACUUAGCACUCCCUCCCUCUAGAUAGCAUUUGAAUGUCUCUCAUCUUUUUCUCAUUCUCUUUUAAAUAGCCCCUUUGUUAGAGAAAGAAGGGCA